AUGGGAUAUAUCGAAACAACAGCGGGAAACCCGCUUCAGUACAUGGACGCUGUCUAUAAGCAUGGUUUAAGUUCUGAAAGGCCUCCGUUUACUUUCAAAAGCGAUGACUGGGAGACACUUGCAAAAGAACAAAUGUCAAAUAAUUCGUUAGGAUAUGUGUGCGGGUCUGCAAGUACGGGCGAGACUUACAGAAAAAAUCGGGCAGCAUUUCAAAAAUGGUCAUUGGUUCCUCAACGUUUGGUAAAAACUAAAGACUAUCCGUCUUUGGAAACCCAAGUCUUGGGCGCAAACUUACCGGUACCAAUAGCAGCAGCUCCAAUCGGAGUGCAAAAAAUAUUCAAUCCAGAUGGCGAGAUUGCUGUUGCAGCAGCAGCGGCUCAGGAAAGAGUUCCAUACAUCUACAGUUCAGCAGCGGCAACAUCAAUUGAGGAUGUGGCUAAGGCAAAUGGUGACGGCGUCCGUUGGUUCCAAUUGUAUUGGCCUUCUAAUGAAAACAACAAUAUAACUAAGAGCUUAUUGAAGAGGGCCAAAGAAAACGGCUUUUCAGCACUUUUUGUCACUCUGGAUACUUUCAAGUUAGGCUGGCGUCCUAGCGAUCUCGACAAUGGAUAUAAUCCGUUUCUUCGUCCAGACUCUAUUGGCGCAGCCCUCGGUUUCACUGAUCCCGCAUUCCGCGGGCAAUUCAAGGAAAGACAUGGAAAAGAAGUGGAGGAAGACGUUGGAUCUGCUGCCAAAGAGUGGGCUAGAACAAUAUUUCCGGAGUUCAGUCACAGCUGGGAAGAUCUGAAGUUCCUACGCGAGCACUGGGACGGACCCAUAGUGUUAAAGGGUAUACAAGCGGUUGGCGAUGCAAAAAAAGCUGCAGAGUACGGAAUGGAUGGUAUUGUGGUUUCUAAUCAUGGUGGGAGGCAGCAAGACGGUGGCCCGGCCUCUUUGGAUUGUCUUGUCAAGAUAGUUGAUGCUGUUGGAACCAAAAUCGACAUUUUAUUUGACUCAGGAGUGAGAUGUGGGAGCGACAUCGCCAAAGCACUGGCCUUAGGAGCUAAAGGAGUUCUCAUUGGACGUCCUUACAUUUACGGGUUGGUCCUGGGAGGGCAAGUAGGAGUAAGCCACGUCUUGCGGUCGUUACUUGGCGAUUUGCUUAUGACUUUGCACUUGGGAGGAAUUCCAUCCGCAAAUCCAAAGCAUUUAAACCGCGACGUUUUGGAGUAUUCAGAUUGA